UUACCAAAAUGGCUUUGUUGUUUUCCAUCCUCUUCUUCCUUAUCUCCUCUGUAACUGCUUGUGAUCGCUGUGUGCAUCAGACAAAGACUGCAUAUUUCUCCAAAGCUUCUGCACUUUCAUCUGGAGCUUGUGGGUAUGGCUCUCUAGCAUUGGGCUUCAGUGGGGAACACGUUGCUGCUGGUGUGCCCACACUUUUCAAAGAUGGAGCUGGUUGUGGUGCAUGCUUUCAGAUUAGAUGCAAGGACACAGCUCUUUGUAGCAAAGAAGGGACUAGAGUGAUCUUGACUGAUCUCAAUCAACACAACCAGACAGAUUUUGUUCUCAGCAGCAGAGCUUUCACAGCCAUGGCUCAGAAAGGUUUGGACCAAGACAUUUUGAAACGUGGGAUUGUGGACGUGAAUACAAGAGGGUUCCUUGUGAAUACAAGAAAAAAUUUGAGUGUUCGUGUGGAAGAAUCGAGCCAAAAGCCAAACUAUUUAUCAAUCAAAUUACUCUAUCAAGGCGGUCAGACAGAAGUAGUGGGCAUUGAUGUAGCUGAGGUUGGUUCUUCAAACUGGAGUUUCAUGAGUCGAAAUCACGGCGCAGUGUGGGACACCAGCAGAGUCCCUGCCGGGGCAUUGCAGUUCCGGUUCAUCGUAACGUCCGGGUACGACGGGAAGUGGAUUUGGGCAAAAAGUGUGCUGCCGGCUGGCUGGAAGGUUGGGGUUAUAUAUGACUCCGGAGUUCAAAUCAAUGACAUUGCACAGGAGGGUUGCUCUCCAUGUGAUACUGGAAGUUGGAAAUGAGCUUUGGAGCAAUGAGCUGGC